UCCAUAACCCAUUUACUUAAGCAACAUCGUUACUUCCUUUGGUUUAGAAUAGUCCCAGGCUCAUAUUUGAAGAAUAUACAAAAUGGCUGGAGAAAAUGACUGGAGGAAAACAGCGGAUACGACGAAGAUGAGUCCAGAGGGAGUAAAAGCUGCAGGGGUUGAGUCAUCGAAGAGGCCCCCAGGGAGUAAUCCCGGUGGUGUUCUGCACCAAAGGCGUAACUUACCAUACAGCUACACCACCAUGGCUAUCGCCGGUUUAGCUAUCUCCGGUGCAAUCAUGUACACUGUUAUGUAUGCUAAGAAAAAGCCGGAGGCUAGUGCCACUGAUGUAGCUAAAGCGGCCACAGGGACGGCUAAACCGGAAGAUACACAUCCAAGAAAAUAAAAACCCUCAGAGAAAAUGGGUUUAUCUUCUUUUUGUUUGUUUUGUAAUUUUGUUUUGCUUCUGCUUGCUCAGAACUUUUUUUUGUUUUCUUGUUAUGUAAUAACAAAACAAGUUCAACAAAAAAGUAUCCUAUCAACUUACUAUAUAGUAAUAAAUUAAAUGCCGGGGAAUUGAACAGAGGUUGUGUAGUGUAGCUAUAAUACUUCGGUGUGCUAGCUCAAGUUUAGUAAGCGGAGGGGGAACGUUUUACGAUUUGUAGCUGUUUUACAAGUAUCACGUUUCACAGUCUUGGGAUAGGGUCA